GUCUCUCCUUGGGAAAUUGAGGUUGACCCAGAAGACGAAAAACGGCGUGAAGAGGACCGACGACGUGAGGAGGAGGUAUUGGUGAGAGCAGCGCGGGCAGCUGCCAAACAGCAGAGGGCAGAGUAUCUGUCCCAGCUGGGUGGUUUGUCAGAUUCCGGCUCUGUCCAUGACCCUGACUUCGAUCCUGAUGGAGAGGCAACAGGGGGUAGAGCGCGGCGUUCACGGGGCAAUUGGGUGCCGACCUGGCAG